AGUUAAACCGGAAGUACAAGAAUAAACCGAAAGAAAACAAUCACAAAUUAGCAGUGUUAUUCCCUUUUUUCUGCACUUUUUCCAGCACAUUUUCGGUAUUAUCGCACAGUUUCUACAAAAACGACACCAUGCCAGUUAUCUGCGCGGCAAUAGGGUGCAACAAUAAGUUCGUCAAAGGGUCGGAAAUCAGAUUUUACAGGUUUCCACUCAGCAAACCUCAACUUGCCAGCAAAUGGGUUCACAGUCUUGGGAUGAAAAACUUCAUCCCAACCGCCAACACCUGCCUCUGCUCGGAGCAUUUCAGGACCGACUGCUUCAGGGACUACAACGGCAAACAGUUUCUGAGGGAGGAUGCGGUGCCCACUAUAUUCACCCAGGGGCAAGAUACAUCAAAGAUUGAACUUCGUAAAAGAGGAGUGGUACCAAAGGAGACAAAUGUUGCGAAUCAAAUGGGAAUACAAGCAGACAGAGACAGAGCGAGAGAGGCCAGUCUACGCAGAGACAAAAGAGGAGGAAUAAGGGGGGGACGAGGAGGCCGUGGAGCAAAACAACUGUCUGACAGACAGAGCGUCGCAGCCAAGAGCAGAGUGUACGACAACAAAGGCCGACUGCUCUCCAACAGCAAAGACAUGUGCGACUGUCUGGACGUGGAUUGUAUGGGCUGCUUCUACCCCUGCCCUGACUGUGGCUCACGCAAGUGUGGAGUCGAGUGCCGCUGUGACAGGAAGUGGCUGUACGAGCAGGUGGAGGUGGAGGGCGGAGAGAUCAUCCGGAACAAGUUUGCCAUUUAAUUAGCAGCGACUCUUCAGGGGAGCCUCUGGAAAUCAGAACUUGCUCUCUCCCUGAUUACAGCUGCGAUCAGGCUGAUGUACUGUUCAAGACUCUGAUACUUUUUUUAAAGGAAUCUUCCAAACUGUUAAACUGAUAUUUAUCAGGUUUUGCAAAGUUACUGCCUGUGGUAGGAAACUAUGCAGAACUAUGUAAGUAUUCUGCUGAAUGUUUGAUGUGCUUUUUGUUGCUCUUAGAAAUGCUGUUUCAGUUUCAUAUGAAUUUGUGUCUUCUCCAGUCAAAUGUUAAUGUGCCAUUUUGUGUUAAUAAAGUCAUUUUGCUAAUA